AAAGGCUGGCACUCGCAGCGGCCAGCGUAGUUGUCAAAGCGUCGAAUAGGCGUACAAAUCAGUCCGUUCCAGUGCCAGUCAGAUUUAUAGGAUUUAGACAGAAAUUACAGGAAUACAUUACUGAAGAUAUUAGAAAUUUGCAUACGGAAACCAAUUCUGACUAAAUCGCGUAAAUCUGACUGAUACCGUGUUUUAGCUAUCUACCGUUUUUAAGUGAAAGUAAGUAAAUACCAUAUCCACGUUAUAAUGGCGAGUCCACCAUUGCUAUUGAGUUUGAUUGACGAUUUAAGCCGCCUGACACCUUUCUACGAACCGGUGGCCUCCACAGACUGGCCUGCGAUCGUCACUUCGCCCAGUGGCCAAUUCAGGAAAUUUGAAGGAGAUCUGCCUGUUACCUCGGUUGGGAAAGAUGGUUUUCAAGCCAGUAUGAAUGUGCAGCAGUUUAAGCCAAGUGAGCUCAGCGUUAAAGUAGUUGACGACCACAUCGUGGUGGAGGGUAAACACGAGGAGCGAGCAGAUGACCAUGGUUAUAUUUCACGUCAUUUCAUUCGUCGCUUUGAAGUGCCCAAAGGCUUCGAUGCCGCUAAAAUGGUUUCCACACUGUCAUCGGAUGGCGUCCUAACAGUCAGCGUACCAAACCCCGCCAUAGAGGACAACUCCAACAAACGAGUCAUCCAAAUUAAACAGACUAUACCAGCGCUUAGGAAGAAACCUAAAGAUAAUCCAAAGGAGAACCCAAAAGAAUAGAACGCCAAGUGAUAAAUGUUGAAUAAUUGUGCUGGGUGCAAUCAUGGCAAUCAUGGACUACAUUGUCGUUCUAAAUCGAUGUACCCGAAAUUCGCUAUUAGCAUACAAACAAGUGAUGUGACUUUGGAAAAUACGAAUCUCGCAUAGUUUGACCAAUCUAUCGAAAUUACGUAUAAACGUAUAGAUGUGUACAUAAAUCUGGACAGAAAAGUAUACCAGUCCGAUUUUUAUUUCGGCCGACUUCCAAAUGUGCCAAUUCAAUAGGGCUGUUCAGGAUGUUGUGGAAAUGGUCUUGGAUUUUCAGUUGGAAUUGCAUUUGGAAAUUUUAUGAUUGCUGUCAUGGCAACCGUGUGCGCGUUGUUGUUGUGAAUUUACAAAUGCACCAAAUAUGCAAAUGCAAGAGCAUAUGCACAGCCCUAAUGUUUGGUUACUGUUCUACCGCGAUAUUUAAACUGUUUGUAUAUGCAGAGUUGAUAAACAUUCCAUAUUUGGAAUAUUUAAUAUAACAACGAUCACCCAAACAAACGAAGCAUCAGCUUUGUUUCUGAUGCGCUCAUUACUCUGGCGAUGCGUUUCGAUAACUUUUCGGAUGCGUUUUGAAAAGUAUAGUACAUUGUCUACAUUUUGUAGUUCGGGAGUUGUUAUGGAACAUUAUAGUUUGUACGGAUGCAAAGCAAUUGACGUUUCGGAAGUCAGCCCUUCUUUCAAAUAUUGUACAUAUUAGUGAUUAUCGGUAUUCUCCAUAUCUGUCAGCUACUUCUGACGCUAAUUAUUAUCGUGACCGAGCAUUUUGUGUUUAAUAUUUUGCUACUUUUUUCGAAAGAUUUUUGACGAACCAACAACAGCUUUCAAUACUACAACAAGUAAUUUUUAAGCAAAAAACAAAACCGACUUCAAUUCUCAUAUAAAACUUUAAGAUUAUCAUUAAUUACUACAUGAUCCGAUGAUCAGAUUUGAACCAAAUUAAUAUGGGGCCACCUGUGAGGUAACACCUUAUUGAAAUCGAUUAACGUGGUCCAAAGUUAUGCGGUAACAUACAUAGAAAAAAACUAUUCCGACGAAUUGAUAACCUUUAUUUUUUUUUUGUGAAGUCGGUUAAAAAGGAAAAGUACAAAUAUAUACAAGCUUUCAUUAAGUUUUUGUGGCUGCUAAAGUUCUGUACGACAGAAAAUAAAUAAGUUUAACAGUAUACAUACGUUCCAAGUUAACGAAAAAUUCGUUUAGAACUCCUACUAAGUCGUAAUGGAAAAACUAAAAAAGUUUUUUUCGGGAGGACCCAAAAGAAUAUAUAACAUGUUUGAUUAAUAUUGUCGAUAUCAUAUUGAUGCCAUGUGGAAAAAAAAGGAAACCGUAGCAGACUUUGUUGCACAACUACCUAAUAAAUAAAUGUAACGUGGCCGGUUUUUCUCUUUUUAUUUAAAAUUUUUGUAUUGACUUGACGAUUCUCAUUUCAUUUUAGCAAUAAAUAAUAAGACAUAUUUAAGAAAGUAUUUGCGUGAACAAUUGCGACUUGAGCAUUAUACUACUUAACUUUGAUGAAUAUUCUAUUUAAAUAAAGCGACACUAACAUAUGGUAAAUAUGCCUUGAAAUCUGUAUCUCUUAAGAUUUUGAUUAUAUGUAUAUUUGCAUGGAAUUCAAUGAAAUUUUUUGCAACAUAUGAAACUGAUUAUGUAUGGAAAAGAAAAACGAUGAUUCAGAAAGGAUU